GCUCUUCAUGCAUGGCGGCUUUACGAACCGCAUCUGCGAUUUCAGCUGGAACAAGAAUGACCCGUGGGUCAUGCUCGCCGCAGCAGAGGACAAUCAGCUCCACAUCUUCCGUCCGGCGCGCACGCUUGUCGAGCCACUGAAGAAGAACGUGAACAACGGAGAGGUUUCAGACUAAAACCUACCGUCUUGUUUCCUCGUGCUGAUUGGCCUGAUUUGUUCUGGGUCAAUGCGCUUGAUAGUGAUACUGCAGCGACAAAUGAAUUGCCACAUGCAAUGAUAGCUCUUGAGGAUAAUGUUGCUGCCAAUUCAGACUCAUUGCCAAGCGCAACGACCUACUUGACUGUAAACUCGCAACCUACUCUGAUUAUGGAUCAGCUUAAGCUAAACCAACCCGAAACAUCUGCGCCGGUCACACCUCAAUCAAACGUCCCGGUAUCUCAACAACCUUCACCGCCUGAACAUGGUCUCACGCCGACCCAAUACGGGACAUCUACACUGGCUACAAUUCAACCAAACGUUCCUGCUCAGUCUCAAAGCCCUUCGUCAUCCGGACCUGGAGCAUUUGUUCGGCCAAAUCGAGGCUCUAGUUCGAUUAUUCCUGAUCAGCCUCACCUAUUGAGAGAAUGUGGGAGUUUGGCACAAGAUGGAGAGGACGGUACAUGGAAAGUUUGGCGUUUCUACACAGGCGUGUAAGGCCCAAUCGGCGCCAUUGUUUCCCUUGUUCUUAGCCAACGGGUAUCGAAGGCAUAACCAACGACAGCCUUUUCUAAUUUAAGA